AUGAACGAGAACAGCAAGCUCAUCGCGGGAAACCGUCCUCCACGAGUGAACACGUCAACGCGUCCGACGCCUGACUCCGGAACUUCCAGCUCAGGUGUCGGUAACACCAUGGACACCGUCAGGUGCGCCCCUCCACUGUAUCCCUACACCAUCGUACAGCUUGAAACUCUACUUCCAGGAGCGUCUUCCAACUCGCUCAAGGUGCCUCAGGCCUCUUAUCGAAUGGCUCCCGAUGCUGACCCCCGAACGUUGUCUGAAGGCUACGGGGACUCGUUCCGCGGCGCGAUCCUCGGCGCGAUCGACGACUGGGAGAACAAAGGCGAGCAGAAGCACCACGACGUCGCGCGCAACGGACAGGCGAUGGUGAACGAUGCCUUCCGGCAGCUCGGGUGGGGCGGGAGCGGUGACGCAGCGCCGGGCCAGAAUGGUGCCAGUGGCUCUGCGACUGGAUACGACACCAGGCCGCCGGCGUACAGCUAUGCGUCUACGGGAUCCACUCCGCAGCUCUAUGCGGACAACAAAACCGGGGGCACUUGAGUGGAUAUAAUCGUUCUCCAUCCCAUUGGCUGUUUUAUAGUGCUCUGUACUCUUUCUACCAGGCUCUUUCGCUACUCGGGGCAUGCGAAUUGUUUUCAGGAUGAUGCCAAGUCAAUGUAAUAUCAUUCCGCGUAGAGCCACCCUCCGCGUUUUCGGCACGCAUGCAUUGCCACAAAAUCCAUGAUCACAUGA